AUGGUGUCGGAAGAUGACGGCAUCAGCCCUCGCAAAAGGAGGAAAAUUACGUCUCCUAAAUCAGCCCCUUAUGUGCUCCGGUCCCUGUUAGACCAGGUGCCCUUGUCCGCCGAAGAUCCCACGGCUGACGAUGUCUACAUUACCUGUGUUGAGUACUGGAAUGAUAAUCUUUACAUCGGUACUUCCUCUGCGGAGAUCCUUCAUUUCGUCUGCCUUCCACCGGACCCCUCUGACAGGUCGAACGAACCGUCCUUCAUCCUGGCCUCAAGACUACCCAUUCCGUUCUCUCAGAAUGCACCAUUGGCAACAGGACACCCCGGGAUUCAGCAAAUUGUUCUGCUUCCAACAGUCAACAAAGCAUGCGUGCUCUGCAACGGGACGGUUACUUUCUAUCUGCUACCUGAGCUCAGCCCGGCAUUCAAUAAUACGAAAGUCAACAACUGUCGCUGGAUCGGCGGUCUUGACCUGAACGCAGAUACAAACGGUACUGAACCGCCCGUUGUUCUGAUUGGAGCGCAAAGUAGAAUGAUGCUGGUUAGGAUUGGGGACGAUGCUCGACGCAUCCGAAACAUUGAGUUUCCCGGCUGUCUCAUGGCAUUGCGAAGAGGAACAAUUGCCUGUGCUGCUGACUCGCAUGCAUACGCAUUGCUUGAUGUGGAGCAUCAGCAAAAGAUCCCUCUGUUUCCUAUAUCCUCGUCUAACGAAGCGUUCGAAUCGGGCCACGUGGAGGAUAUGCCCUCAGCCCCGUCUCCAACGCCUCAUGGAACCCGCACUCAUGCCAGGAGCCCUAGCUCGAAUACACUUCUCGGUAUGCUUCAACCAAAUCCGCCGCACCUUCAGCAUGAUCGGUCGCGCUCUGCGACGCCUGAACUCUCCCCAGAUUCCGGGACGCCGAGACGAUCAAUUUCGCAAGACCGAAGUCGUAGUGCAUCGCCGCGAACAUCUAUUGAAAACCGAGCAGGCGAGCCACAGCCGGGCUCCGUCAGUGACACAAAACCGCUUCCUCCCCUGCCGAAGCAGCUAAAACCUCACAUUGCGUCUCCAACGCCGUCAGAAUUUCUGUUAGUUACCGGGACAGAAGAAAGAGAACCUGGAGUUGGCAUGUUUGUCAAUCUAGAUGGGGACGUUGUACCCCGUGGGACACUCAAUUUCCAUCGCUACCCUGAGUACAUUGUAAUCGAUAGCGGCGAAGGGAACAACCUUGUCGAGUCGAGCGAGAACACGCACGAUCAAUACAUCCUUGCGGUCAUAGAGACAGACGAAGACGGGAAACGUUGCAAGUGGUUGGAAAUUCAACCGUGGGACGUUGACCCAAGGGAGGAGGAGAAUUGUAAGAGCUGGCUAGAAAUACCUUCGGCCGAGGACAUGCCGUCAUGUCCUGUGGGAAUCUGUCAUACAAUGAGCUCCAGCCAACUCGAAUUCGGUGAACUGGGAAGCUUGCUACAGAUGGUCCGCUUGAAGGCGCCCUCCUUGUCUCCUUACCUACCUGUGACAGAUCCAAGGACCCAGGCUUCCAUUGAGCAGCUUCAGAAGGAGAAGGAAUUGUUCGAGUCUCAAGAGUUGACUGAUUCCGAUGGAGUAAGGAAGGGCGACGGGUCGUCGGAGCGGGGGUGGGAGGCAGAACGCAAUAAUGAAGAAGCCAAAUUCGCGCGGGCUCUGGGUCAGGCUCAAAGCAGCUUGGUAAUGUGGUCUGGGCGUCGGAUUUGGCGAGUGGUUAGAAAUCCAUUGACAACACAACUUGAUGGUGCUUUGCAAGCUGCCCAAGGUUCAAAGGAUCUCAUGUACGGGGAUUUGAAAAGGGAUUCUAUUCUGGAUGUUUUUGAGGAAGUUCAGGCCGCCGAGCCGCGCUCUGAAGCCGAGUUCUUGGGUCUCAAUUUUCUAAAACAAAAGUCAAGCCUCCUUCUCUUUGGUGACCUGCUCUUCAUGGAUGCAGCUGCUCGAAAGGGGGCGGCCGUCCAGGUAACGGAAAGGGUGCUGGUUACUGGAGGGUUGGAUCCGCGGAUUGUUCUCUUGUUGAUCCCACAGCUGCGUCAAGAAGUCUUGCAGGGCCCGCAGGGAAUCUGGAUCCAUGGAGGACUAGCGCAGAUCGCCGAGGCUUAUCUACAGCGCCUGGAAACAGCAGACGAAAAAUACAAAGACCUCAAGGCUCUCGAUGAUGAAGUCGUGAACAUGAUCAAGCGCUUUCUUCUUUCAUGGCAGCAGAAGAGGGGCUAUGGCAGCAUCACUGAUGAGACCUACGUCUUUGAUAGCGUCGAUGCAGCUCUGUUGCAUUUGCUCCUGAAACAGGAUUCUCAAUUGACAGUGGAGCAGCGUUCGGUCUCCCCAAUCCGUGCGGAGCUGAAUAAGCUUGUUGAUACCUGGAAAGGCAGCUUCGACAGGGCUGUUAUACUGUUAGAGAGUUAUCGCAGACUAUACGUUCUCAGCCGGCUGUAUCAGAGCCAGAAAAUGUCCAGAAAUGUUCUCAAGACAUGGCGGAGAAUCAUCGAAGGAGAAGAAGAUGUGGGCGGGGAGGUGACUGGGUCGGGCGUUGAAGCGCAAAUGCGCAAAUACCUCGUCAAGAUCAAAGACGCACAACUCGUCGAGGAGUACGGGUCAUGGCUUGCUGGGCGUAACCCUCAACUUGGAAUCCAGGUCUUUGCAGACAAAACCAGUAGGGUUCAACUCGAUCCGGCUGAUGUCGUGGAAAUGUUGAAAGAGCGCGCCCCCAACGCAGUCCAGGUGUAUCUGGAGCAUCUCGUUUUCGCCAAAAAUUAUACGCAAUAUGCGGACGACCUUCUCAGUUACUACCUGGAUACUGUCCUAUCAGUCCUCGAGUCCUCUCCUGCCGCUCGGGAGUCUCUUGCAGAAUCCUACUCGACCUACCGUGCCCUGCGGCCCCCUAAGCCGACGUACAUGAAUUUCAUAAUGGAAAACACCCCAGCCGAACCCUGGUGGCAGUCGCGGCUUCGGCUGCUGCAGUUGCUCGGCGGAGGGAGCAGUAGCCAAUUCUCUUCGAUGCCAUCACCCUCCAAACUGACAUAUUCAAUCCCUGCGGUCCUCGCCCGAAUCGAACCUUUUCAGAAUGAACUCGUCUCCGAGUCGGUGAUUCUGGAUGGCUUGCAGGGCCGCCACCGGGAGGCCCUCCGCCUUCUCACUCACGGGCUUGGCGACUAUGACUCUGCCGUUCGGUACUGUCUCUUUGGCGGACCUCGCAGCACCAGCUCAGCAGGGACGGCCGAACUCCCUGACAGGUCACACCAAUCGGAGCUGUUUCGGUAUCUUCUAGACGAAUUCCUUCAGAUCCAGGACGUGUCCGAACGGAUCGAGCGGACCAGUGAUCUCCUGGCACGGUUCGCUGCUUGGUUCGAUAUCAAAGAUGUCCUGCAGCUGAUCCCCGAUGAUUGGAGCGUGGAUAUCCUCAGCGGGUUCUUGGCGCAUGUCUUCCGGGUCCUGGUUUCGCAGACGCGAGAAGCGCGGAUCGAGCGGGCGCUCAGCGCGAGUUUGAACCUGCGUAUUGGCGCGGAGUAUAUUGAAGGAAUGGAGAAAGUUGGUGGCUGGGUGGAGGACGACUCGGGGGUGAGAAGGUUGAAAGAUGCUGCAGCUGGUGAUGCCAACAGCAAUACAGCAGCGGUGCAAGUGGCCGACGGCGGAAGUGACUUCGGGGAUAUGGUGGAAGCUUCACAAUCCGGGCUGUGA